GUGCGUUUACAGCCUCACCACCUAAACACACGCACACAAGCCAUGCUUCUCCUCCCUUUCGAGAUGUCGCUGCUUCUGCUACUUGCCUUGCCACUCCUUUUCUCCUAUGCAAAUUCGAAGCUCGAUAGUGAAGCGGAAGCCCUUCUUCGAUGGAAAUCCACCUUCGGCGAUGACUCCGGGCCUUCAAGCUGCCUCAAGUCAUGGAGCAAGCACAUCAGCCCGUGCAACUGGACUGGUGUUGCCUGCGGCACCACGGUGCCUCAUGGCCGUGGCUUGGGUGACGGCGGCGACGCUGUCCCAGUCGUGGCCAGCAUCUCUCUUCCCAUGUGUAACCUCUCUGGCCGGUUAGAUGGGCUCGACCUUGUGGCUUUGCCUCGUCUUGCCCAUCUAGACCUCAACGAUAACAACCUCUCAGGGCCAAUCCCACCGAGCAUUGGUACACUUGGUGAGCUCACUUUGUUGGAUCUCUCAAGCAAUUCCCUCUCCGGGCCGAUCCCACCCUCCAUAGGUAACCUUACACGCCUGACUUACCUCGAUCUCUCACAGAAUUAUCAGUUCCUAAAUGGACAUCUCCCCUCUACACUUGGCAUGCUACACAACUUAAGGAAGCUUGAUCUGUGUCGUAAUAGCUUUACUGGCCCAGUACCUCCUAGUUUGGGAAAUUUGACCUUGUUGGAUUUCAUUGGCCUUAGCUUCAACAAUUUGUCUGGUUACAUACCACAUGAGUUGGGAAUGCUCCAUAGGUUGUCGUUCCUGCAUCUUCUUGGAAAUAGCAUCAUUGGCUCCAUUCCUGGAAGCUUUGGGAAUCUGACAAGGCUAGAAUUAUUGGACCUAUCAGAUAAUCAAAUACGCGGCUCCAUCCCUUCGACCUUCUGGAAUCUGAAAUCUCUAAAAAAGCUUGUACUUGCUUCCAAUCAGAUUAAUGGACUGCUUCCAUCAGAAAUAGGAUUUCUAGUUAAUCUCACUCAUCUAGAUCUAAGCACCAAUCAGUUCACGGGAAGCAUUCCACCGCAAAUAGGACAGUGCCGCCAUUUGUUGCAGUUGCGCAUAUCAGACAAUUUAUUAACAGGACCAAUACCACAAGAUCUUGGGGAAUGUACUGGCCUAUAUGAUCUGGAUUUCAGCAGAAAUAAUCUAAGUGGCACCAUCCCAAUCACUUUUGCACAGCUUUACCAACUGCAUAACCUCAAUUUGUCAUACAACAGUUUGGGUGGCAGAUUUGGGGGCACAUCACUACCUUCAGCCUUAGUUUCUCUUGACCAUAAUAUUGAUAUCUGUGGCGACCAACGGUAUGGUUUAACACCAUGUGAAUCAUCAGGGCUUGGUGGCAAAAAUGAGGGGAAAAGACAUAAUAAGCGUCUUAUUUUGGCGCUACUUCUUGCUUUCGGUCUCUUUUGUUUCAUUUGCCUGGCAAUAGGAAACCUGGCACUUUUUUGUUGGAGAAGAAAACUUGCAAAAUGCAGGACCAAAAGCAAGCCUGGAGAUAUGUUCUCCAUAUGGAAUUUCAACGGGAAGAUUGCAUUCCAAGACAUACUCGACGCAACAGAAAAUUUUGAUGAAAAAUAUUGCAUUGGUUCUGGAGGACACGGGUCUGUCUUCAGAGCUGAGGUUCGAGGAAGUGUCUUUGCAGUCAAGCUGCUCCACUCAAUGGAAGACUACACUGAUGAAGGAACGUUUAAUGCUGAGAUCGAUGUGCUCACAAAAAUAAGGCAUCGAUGCAUAGUCAAGCUGUAUGGGUAUUGUUCUCACUCUCAGUGCAGGUUUCUUGUGUACGAUCUCAUGGAAAGGGGAAGCUUAGCAUCCAUUCUUCACGAGGAACAACUUGCAAGAGAGCUUGACUGGCCCAAAAGAAUUGCCAUUGUGAGGGAUGUAGCUCAUGCUCUCUCUUACUUGCACCAUGAUUGUGAUGAACCCAUCAUACACCGUGACAUCAAAAGUAACAAUAUCUUAUUAGACCGUGAUUUUAGAGGUUAUGUCUCAGAUUUUGGCAUGGCAAGGAAGUUGAAGCAUAUUUACUCAAGUUCGAGUACUAUCUUUGCAGGGACAUGCGGCUAUAUGGCACCAGAAUUAUCAUCUACGAUGGUAUUGACAGAGAAGUGUGAUGUAUAUAGCUUUGGUGUGGUUGUCAUGGAAGUGGUGAUGGGAAAGCACCCAGGAGAUCUGCUGCUUCCAUUCUUUUGCCAAACACAGCAGCAUACGAAGCUGAAGGAUAUCCUGGACCAGCGCGUUGUAGAGCCAACGAGCAACGAAGAAAAGGAUGUCAUUCUGCUCGUGCUUGUGGCCUUUGGGUGUUUGCAAAUCUGUCCUAAAGCUCGGCCAACGAUGCAGCAGGUGUGUCAAGCACUAACAGACAGAAGUUGCCCAGCAGCAAUCCUGAAGCCCCUUCACGAAGUUACUUUACAAGAUUUGCACGACUUCUGCGGCACCAUACAGAAUAUAUGAUGGCCCCAUAUAUAGUCUCAAGAGUCAGGAACAAUUUGGCUUGUGCUUUUGUAUCUUAUCUACAACGUACUGUUUGGUGAAUUUGAGCCCUGUAGUUUGUUUUGUUUCUCCUUCUUUGGUUUUUAUCUUUUUGUACAGUUUGAACCUGGUGUGUUGUUUUUCCUUCGUUCGCUUAUUAUUCAGUAGAGGGCUAGAGGCCUACCCCUCCUUUUCCUUAAAAAAAUAUCGAGCAUGCUGUGCGCCAAACAUUUGUUGUAGUCAUGAAUCAUGACAAAUUAAAACAUUCACCAGAUUGCAAGUAUAAUAAUAAAAGGGCUUUGCUAA